AAACCGAACAUAACGAAUUAACGACCAUUACGUACCUAUUUACUGUUAAAUAUUCACCAAUUCACCUACGUUUCGACCAUAUAGACAUAUUAUAGUGUUAGUAGUAGGUAUAGUUCAAUUUAAAUAAAAUAUUUUCGGUUACGACAAUAUUUGAUAUUUCCCGUUAGUCUCGAAUUCGACCAAAGCCAAUACGAAGACAUUUCUCCUGCACGCCGACUGUCAUAUAAUUAUAUAAACGUUAUCUUAUCAUCGUUUUUUUCGCCAUUCAUCGUAGUUUUUUUUAAAUUUUUUUUUUUAAUUUGCACCUAAUAAUUAUUUAUAUUUGUCGUUGAAUACUUAAACCGCUUUCAGUAACUUAAUUUUACUGCCGUCACUCAAAUCCGUCCGACUGAUAAUAAUAUUGUACCUUUGAAAAUGAUUCGUUCGGCAGUAUUGGUGGCGUUGGUAGUGACAGCUGCGGUGAUUGCGAAAAAAUCACGCGAUGGUGAGAAGCCGUCUUGGGCCAAAAAAGAUAUUAGCUCUUAUACCGAAGCCGACAUGGAGCGAUUGCUUGACCAGUGGGAGGAAGACGAAGAGCCUUUAGAACCUGAUGAGCUACCUGAACACUUGAGACCUCCCAUUAACAUUGAUCCAACUUUGUUAGGAAGUGAUCCAGAUGCUAUGUUAAAAUUAUCCAAAAAGGGCAAAACUUUAAUGACCUUUGUGAAAGUAUCACCUAAGUACAAUAAAGAUGAUGUUGAUAAAAUAACCAAAAUCUGGCAAUCAAGUCUUUGGAACAACCACAUUCAAGCAGAAAGAUUUAUGGUUGAUGAUAAUCGAGCCAUAUUCAUGUAUAAAGAUGGUUCACAAGCUUGGGAUGCAAAGGAUUUCCUGAUACAGCAAGAAGACUGUGUUGAUGUAACAAUUGAAAAUCAAGUAUACAAAGGUCCAGCUUCUCCAUUUGUUGAAGGAAACGUUGAAAAAGUGGAAUUAUAAUUGUUAUUUUCUAUUAGCUUAGUUAAUUUAUUCAUAAACGGUUAUUCUAAAAAUGA